GUAGAGGAGCAAUGGGGAUGGGCAGCGACAGCGCUGCGUUUCCCUUCUCCACCACCACCACGUCCCCGCGCUUCUGCAACCCCAUCAGCCAUACGAGGAUAUUUUCAGAUGUUGCAGAGGAUGUAACGGUAUCGGUGGAUGGGCAGUCCUUUCUCCUGCACAAGUUUCCUUUAGUAUCUCGGUGUGGUCGAGUACGAAAAAUGGUAGUGGACUCAAAGGAUACAGAUCUCUUAAAGCUGGAGCUUGUAAAUGUACCAGGGGGAGCUUUUGCAUUCGAACUUGCAGCUAAGUUUUGUUAUGGCAGCAAUUUUGAAAUAACCACGGCAAAUGUGGCCCAUCUCCGAUGCGUUGCAGAGUACUUGGAAAUGACAGAGGACUAUCAAGAGGAGAACCUCAUUUUUAGGACAGAGAUAUACUUGAACGAGAUUGUGCUCAAAAACCUAGAUAAAUCCCUGGAAGUUCUUUGUAAAUGUGAUGGAUUGGACCCAACAGUGGAGGAAGUCGAUCUUGUAGAUAGGUGUGUUGAUGCAAUUGCGAUGAAUGCAAGCAAGGAGCAGCUGGUUUCGGGCUUGGCGCACUUGGAAUGUCAUGUGGGAUCUGGAAAGUUGCAUACGCACUCCCAGGAUUGGUGGGUUGAGGACCUUUCUGCGCUGAGAAUCGACCACUAUCGGCGUGUGAUCACGGCAAUGAGGAGAAAUGGGGUGAGACCAGAGAGUAUUGGCACCUCUAUUACGCACUAUGCCCAAACAUCACUAAAAGGUGUUGAAAGACGCCACGUAUGGGACUCAGGUCCCUUUGUGGGAGACGAUCAGAGAAUGAUUGUUGAAACACUCAUCGAUCUGUUGGCGACUGAAAAUAUUACGACAGUUACUUUGUCCUUCUUGUUUGGCAUGCUGAGGAUGGCAAUUGAAGUUGAUGCAAGUCUGGAUUGUAGAAUCGAAGUCGAGAAAAGGAUAGGUCUCCAGCUUGAGAUGGCAUCACUAGACGAUCUUCUGAUCCCCUCCACUCAAACAAGUGACUCAAUGUUUGACGUUGACACUGUCCAUCGCAUAUUGGUGAACUUCUUGCAAAGGAUCGACGAAGAUGAUUCAGGAGAGUUGUCACCUUGUGGAUAUGAUUCUGAAGGACUAAAAUCUCCAAGCCACAGUUCGGUCCUGAAGGUUGGAAGGCUGAUGGAUGGUUAUCUAGCAGAGAUAGCACCAGAUCCAUAUCUGAAACUUCAGAAGUUUAUGGCUCUUAUUGAACUAUUGCCAGAUUAUGCACGCAUUGUUGAUGACGGACUCUACCGUGCCAUUGACAUAUACCUGAAGGCACACCCAUCUCUGACAGAAUCAGAAUGCAAGAAGCUGUGCAAGCUGAUCGACUGCCAGAAGCUGUCGCAGGACGCGUCGAGCCACGCGGCGCAGAACGACCGCCUCCCGAUCCAGAUGGUGGUGCGCGUGCUCUACUUCGAGCAGCUGCGGCUGAAGUCCUCCUUCUCGGGGGGCGGCUCCGGCGGGUGUGGCGACGGCGGGCUGUCGCAGCGGUUCAUCUGCAGCAGCGGCGUGCCGAGCUCGUGCGUGUCCCCGCAGCGCGACAACUACGCGUCGCUGCGGCGGGAGAACCGUGAGCUGAAGCUGGAGAUCUCGCGGAUGCGGGUGCGGCUGACGGAGCUGGAGCGGGAGCAGGGGCUGAUGAAGCAGCAGGGGAUGCGCGGCGGGGACGGGCGGGCCGGGGAGCACGGGCGGGCGUUCCUGGCGUCGCUGUCGAGGGUCGGGCGGAUAAGCAUGUUCGGCGGGCCGGCGGCGGCGGAGAAGAGGAGGAGAAAGAAGAGCUCGAGGAGCUCGCAGGGGUCGGAGGGGAAGAACCGGAGGCGGCAGAAGGCGUCCUUCGCAUACGACUGAAGCUUGGAAACAACACUGACAGCAGAUAACAGUGGCGGGAAAGAUGCAUGCCUGCAUUUUCAGUUCAUCACUCAUAGGAAGGAGGCGCAGAUGGAGAUAGCUGUGCUUGCCCCAAGCUUUGCUUGUGAGCGAGAUUUUAGCGGGAAUGCAGGAUCAUGAAUAUGUAGACACCAACUGUACGCAUCUUCAUACCUGAGACCUGACUGUAAUACUAGUAGUCUAUAUGAGAGUAUGCUUCUUUUUUUUUUGUGAGGCUCCUUUGCCUGAAUGCAGGAGUGCAUGAAUCAAGCUUUGCCUCUCAUUUUUCAGUUUUGCUCGGCACUCGGGGAAUGGAUUUGUCCAAAUGAGGGCUCGCGGAGACGAAAGCAAGAAAGACACGUCUCAUGGUAACAAUGAUGGCACCAGAUGACGAGAGUGGUGAGAGAGGCUUGAGUGAAAUCCAGGAGACCGAAAGGUAGGUGUUGUGAGCAGUGGCCGAUUUCAGAGAUCAAAUUAAGAGGCUUAUUUUUUCUUUUUCCUCCUCUUUUCUCUCUUUUUCUUCCUCCUCCU